UUGACGAUGACAAUUGACGUUGGCUGAAACAACAAACCAAUUUUGAAGAAAAAUAUGACAUGUACAUGUUAUUUCUAAUAAACAAAUUAAACUACAAAUGCACUAAUUGUAGGAAAAACUGCUUUGAUAAGAAUAAUAAAUAAAGUGCACUAUCCACAUCGUUGAACGCAAAAAUGGUCAGAACCACAUAUCCACAACAUCGAUAAGAUAACAACACUCCUUACAAUAUGUUCAAAACCGAUAAAAAACCAAAAUAUAGAGUGGUAGAUAACACGGAUGAGCCGGAAACACUUGAUUUGGAACCAAUGAAACGAAAAAUCUGUUCUCCAACAUGUCUUUGGUCAUCCCUUUUUACAGGGUGUCUAAUUGGACUUUAUUACAUUCCUUCUGUUACUUUAACUUUUUAUCAGAACUGGCUGUACAAGAGCUUCAAGUUUCCAUUAAUUACAGUUAUAAUACAUAUGUGUGUAAAGUUCCUUUUAGCUGCAUUCAUCCGAGUAGUUUUCUUUAAAAAACAAAAUAAACAGAAUGUCAGUUAUGGAUGGAAGGAAUACCUUCUGGCUGUGGGAACAACAGGAGUAUUUAGUGGCAUUGACAUUAGUUUCUCCAAUUGGGCUUUGGAAUUAAUCACUGUGUCUUUGUACACAAUGACCAAAUCGACGACCAUAGUAUUUAUUUUGAUAUUUGCCAUUAUUUUAAAAUUAGAGAAAAAGUCAUGGAGUCUAUGUUGUAUAGUUUUGAUGAUAACGGUGGGAUUAAUAUUAUUUACCUACAAAUCUACACAAUUCAAUAUACUAGGAUUUACGUUGCUGUUAUUGGCGUCAGUAGCUAGCGGGAUUCGAUGGACGUGCGUACAACUUUUAUUACAAAAGUCUAAAAUGGGUAUGAACAAUCCUGUAGACAUGAUAUAUCAUAUGCAACCUUGGAUGUUACUGUCUGUAUUACCAUUUGCGAUAUACAUAGAAGGUCCAAAUGCAAUAAAAAACUGUCAUCUCUGGGGUUGCGACGACUCUGCAAAUUUUAUUAGACAAUUUCUGAAGAUCUUAUUAGGCGCAUUUAUCGCAUUUUUCAUGGAAUUUACUGAAGUCACAGUAGUAACUUAUACUUCUAGUUUAACUUUAGCAAUAGCAGGAAUUUUUAAGGAAGUGUUACAACUAGUCAUAGCUGUAGAAUGGAAUCACGAUCAACUAUCUCCCUUAAACAUAGCAGGUUUGGUAACCUGCUUGUGUGGAAUAUCAUUCCAUGUUUUCCAUAAAAUCAAGAAUCAACCGUUGAGGCCUCGUCCUUACGAGAAAAGCGUAGAAAGCAAUGACAUGGGAGAAUAUUUGAUAAAAGAAGAUAUGCACGAGAGUCCUAGUGAAAGCGAAGACGAGAGGAGUGAUACUGAAGUACUAUUCGAUAUUCUGAAUAGACGAAGAAGCAGUCGAUAGUGUUGUGAUUUUACAGAUAAGACUUAUUGUCUCAGUUAACUGAUUCUUAGUUUAUUAUAAAACGCAUAUAGAAAAUUGGCAAAAGUAUGCCUAUUAAACUGCUCCUUGUGGGAAACAUUUAAGGAACUUUAAUAUUUUUAGUAAUAGCUACAUUUAGAUAUCUAUUUUGCAUAUUUUUAGUACUUAAAUGUGUUGAGUAUGGUAUCUACAUAUGUAGUUUAAACAUAUUACCUAUUCUACCUCAUUGUAAAAAUACGUAAUUAAUGUAGUUCUAAGUACCAUUCUCGACAAUCACAAAAACGACAAAAUUUAUAAAGGGAAAUAAAGUGUUUUCCAAAAACAAGUUAAACUAUUUGCGAUAUUUCAAACAUCGAAAUCACAAAGACGACCCCUCGUGGGUUUUGGCUGAACUAGCUUCUUGAAGGUUUUUAAUGUCAAAACAUGAACGCGCAUGCAUUUGAAACAAGUAAUAUUCUUUUCCGACCGGUCAGGAAUUUAGACAUUUCUGACGACAUUUUUGAAAGAAACGUUCGAUAUUUCCUUAUACUUAGCCGUUGCCUGGAAACGAAAAAUAACUACAGAAAUUUUAUUUCCUGACUGUAAGGAAAAAUCAGAUUCAGAACAAACAGGAGAAAACACUCGUCAAAAGUCAAAAUAAAAAUAUGUAUAUUUGAAAAUUUUAACAUGUUUAUUUUAAUAUAAUUUAAAUGUUGGAUUUUCGGAAAAGUAGUAUGUAUACCUUGCAGGAAAAGCCACAUUCCCCGAGUCUGUAUUGCCUUGUCUCGGCUUGCGCCUCGACUGCAAUCUUUACAUCGUCCGGGAAUGUUAAGCUUUUCCUACUAGGUACGCAAUGUACUAUUAUUUAUUUUUACAUGUUUUAAAUUAAUUCAAGUUUUCGGCUCCCUUCGCCGAUAUAUUUAAUAAAUCGACUCAUUGUCACGAAAACUUUGAGAAUUCAAACCCUAGCUAUUAAUCGAUGGGAUUACCGACUUUUUCGAACGUGUUUUACCAUUUUUCAAUAAUAUAUAGGAGAUCAUUUCAUUCAUAGGAGAUUCUGACCAAUAGAAAGCUACAGAAAUCUAAAUUAAAUCGAUAAUUUUUGAUAAUUUCUCGUCGUCAAGUAUAUUACGUCAGAUGCCCUUCGUUGCUACGAAAAAAUACAUUUAGUGACAUUAAUGACAAUUAAUGUUUUAAAAAUUAUAAAAGUGAUGACUUUCAACCGUCAAAUUAAUAUUGAGAACAACUGUUUGUUUAAUUGUACUAAUUUGUACUUACAUAAAUAAAUUACAAUAAAAUUUUGGUUUUGAACAGUUUUAUUCAUGAAAUAAUCCCAACAAAUUGCACUCGAUCUCUAAAAUUAAUAUAGAAUUUUUGCCCUCGUGACACUUUGACAUAAUUUCACUCGCCUUCGGCUCGUGAAAUUAAAACUGUCAAGGUGUCACUCGGGAAAAAUUCAAUAAUUUUAGAGCUCUUGUGCAAUUACUACUAAUAAUUUAAUAAUUCUAUAAAAAAUUGUGAUAUAAUUAUGUACACUGUGUACUAUCUUAGUAUAAAUAACAGAGGUUAUGUUUUUAGUCCAAUAUGAAAAAAGAUUUUUAAUUCAGUAGUAUCAAAAUAAUGAAUAUUACUCGUUUCAAAUGCAUGCGCGCUCAUGUUUUGACAUAAGAAGCCAGUUCAGCCGAAAUCCAUGACAGGUCGUCAUUGUGACUUACCAUCGCGAAUUGCAGCGAGUUUACCUAGGAUCAAGAUUACCUAAAAAUGAGAUAUGAACGUCACCCUAAUAUGACGGAUCUAACUACCGACGUAGAAAGAAGCAUACUAAGCAAGUAAAUUGGCAUUAAAUCUGCAAAUAAAUCAAGAUACCGUUUUUUGCCGUUUGUUAGCAACUUUUGUCAAUUUUCGUUUGCGUUUGACGUGUACAAAUAAAAUUUUUGUGCUAUUUGUAUUGUUAAUAUUUUUACAGACUGUGAGCAUGAACGGGUAGGUGUAAAAAUAUAGAUAUUUUUAUUAUUCCCA